AUGGCUUUCGACAUACUCGAAAGCGGUUCUCAGAGCAUGUCGAUCGCCUUUCAGAUCUUCGACGCGCUUCUGUCUUAUGCCCCGAACCUCCUGCGCGUACAGAACCCUACCUGCCUGUUCGCCUAUAUGGACUUACUAACAACACUGCUCGGACCUAGUUCACCAACGGGCCGCCCACCAUGGCAACACAUCCAGCUCAAGGAUGCACUGAGGCGGCAGCUGACACUCACGGCGCGCGUUAUUUUAGGCAAACAGCAUCCCAUCACUGUUGUUUGUGACUCGCUGAUCAACAACUGUCAAGGUUCGACCUCAAUUCUCAUGGAGGGGGAAAAUGAGUGCAGAACCGAAGCGUCGAGUGCUUGCCUGCAACAAAUAGUGAACGAAACGAAGCUGACAUGGGGCGAGGAAAGUGCGCAGCAUAUGAUCGUCGCAUGCCACUUCAGUGGAGGGGUCUUAGGAACGGGAUUCUCUGUGUCGUGGGCUCGCCCAAGUACGGAUGGGCUGCACAAUGUGGUAGUUCCAAUAUCAGGGGAAGCGCCCCAAGAGUCUGCAGCGCAGCCUGCCGUUGUGCCAGACUCAGACGAAGUCGCCGUCGUCUCGCCCGUACCCGGUGGCACAUCCCUCACCUUCGGCACAGGACUGGAGUGGAUGCAUGUACGGGUGCCAGCCCUGACGACAUUGAUGCGGUCUGCGAUGGCGCUCUUUGCAGCACUGAGCGGCAUAGGCAUGAUACAGCCGCAGUUUCCUUCUACCCCCUCCAGUCCGCAGGUCCAUCUGUCGGAUGCAACGAGGGCGCUGUUGGAUUGUGUCUCUACGGAUGACGCGGUGCGGGUGCAUCUGGGCUGGCGCUUGAGAGCGGACGGCACUUAUGCUCUCGCCUUCCAGCCUUGA